CGCCCCGCCCCGCCCCGCCCGCCGUGCCCCGCGCGCCCGGCAUGGCGGCGCGCGUGCUGCUGCGCGCGGCCCGGCUCGCGCUGCCCGGGCCGGCCCGCGGGUUCGCCAAGAAACCGGGCUCUUCAAGAUCGACCUCGGGCCCCCCAAGAAGCUGGAGGAGUUGGACCCCGACUCCAUCGAGUACUGGAGGCGGCUGCGGAAGUACAACAUGUGGCACCGCAACCGGCUCAAGAAGGGCAAGAAGCUGUAGACCCCGCAGAGCGUGGGGUGCGGGCCCCCGCGUGCCAGCGCGGGCAGUGCUGGGACCAGCUCCCGCUCUUGGCCUCUUCUUGCUGUAAACUAGUAAUAAAUGUUCGGUGAGGCCGAUGGCUGUCACGGGGGCUCUGGCAGACCCAGGCCCUUGGCGAACUCAGUGCGGGUCCCUGCUGGUGGCAGGGGCUGCCGAGGCAGCACAGGCCACACAUUCUUGGUGUAUUUGCUAAAGCAGAAGCUCAGUGUUUUGCUCGUGGAGGGAGCCUGUGCUGCCACAUGGGUCCCGCUCCCUGCUCUGUCACAGUCUGCACUGCAAUGGAAUGGGGGUGAAGGGCCCUGCAGGGGGGGCGUGCGGUGGCUUUGGGGUGGGGAAUGACUCCACUCGUGUCCCCUGGGCUGGGGGGCUGUGGGGGCUCAGCAGCCUGUGCUCCCUGGGGCUGGGACGAUGGGGCCGGGCUGUGGCGGUGCUGUGGGGGCAGUGGGUUAGGGUGAGGGACGUGGCACCCCUCGCAGUGCCACCCCCUCGCAGUGCCACCCCCUCGCAGUGCCACCCCCUCGCAGUGCCACCCCCUCGCAGUGCCACCCUGCGCCGUGCUCUUCCUUCCUCCUUGGCAGCUGGAGAGCGGUGGCUGCUGGGACCCCGGGGUCUCGGCUUGGCUGGGGUGUGUGGUGAUAGCCGGGUCUGUUCCCCAACAACGAGGUCCUUGCCGCCCCGUCCCCAUGUGUCCCCAGCCUGGCAGAGCCCAGCAGCUUCCCCUGGGCCUCUGUCCUGCCCCUGCGUUGAGUUCCCCUGGCUGAGAGUUGUCCCUUGUCCCCUUGGUUCAUCUCUGUCCUGAACGUGCUGCCCUGCAGCUCCUGCUUGUCCUGGAGUUGGGCUAUGGGGACAAAGCAGCCACCUGCAAGGUCCCCCCGCCACAAGGAAGGGGCGGUGGAGCCACCGCCUGGCCCCGCAGUGUCCCCAGUGUCCCGUGUCCCUCAGCCGCGGCCGGGGGCCAUGUCCAGCUUCCCCAGGGGCUGCCGGGGGCUGUUUGGCAGCUGCGGCGCCCACGCGGUGGCACAGGAAGCGGCAGAGGAAAGCAGAAGUGCUGCGGGGGGGCUGGGGAGAUUUGGGUUGCACCCUCAUUUCCUCUGCGCUCCCUGGAGCUGCCGGGGCUCGGGCCGUACCCAGCGGUGACACCCCGUCCUGCAGCCCUCCCCUCGCCGCCCCCGCCGUCCAGUCCCCCAGAUCCAGCAGCAGGCAGGCGUCGGCGGGGCCGGGCAGGGAUGCUGGACUGGAGCAUGCCCCUCAGCUCGCUGGGCGAGGACGUGCUGUUCCAGCUCUGCGAGCUCCUGGAUAACGCCGGCCGUGGCUGGCGCAGGCUGGCUGAGGUGGCUGGGGCAGAGAAACGCUUCAAGUGCAGUGCGGAGGAGCUGGAGAUGUGCUCGCUGAAGGUGCUGGAGCCCCACGGCAGCCCCACGCGGAGCCUCCUGCAGCUCCUGGCCGAGCGGGAGUGCACCCUCAAGUACCUGCUGGGCUGCCUGCAGAGGAUGGGACACGCACCGGCCUGCCAGGUCCUCAGCAGCGCCGUCCAGGACGUGAUCCACAUCACGGUGCAGCCGGAGUCGCAGGUGGUGACGGAGGGGACGAGGGUGUCCCUGACCUGCUGGGCAACCGGCCCGCCAGGGCUCAUGUACCAGUGGUUCUGCGGGAAGCAGCAGGUGCCCGGAGCCACAACCUCAGAGCUGGUGCUGGACGCGGCCGCCCCGCUGGGCCAGCCCGAGUGGUACAUCUGCCGGGUGAGCUGCGGGGCUGCCUUCGCCUUCUCCAGGUGGGCCCAGGUCCGGGUGGAGACGAGCAGCAGCCCCGGCUCAGCCAGCGGUUACUGCCCCACUAUGGUGGGGCUACAGAUCCUGCGGCAACCGCAGCCGUGCCAUCUGGCCGAGGGGGACACGCUGGUGCUGGAGUGCAGAGCCAUCGGCAACCCCCCGCCCCAGUACCAGUGGUUCAGGAACCAGUGCCCCCUGGAGGGUGCACAGACACCCCAGCUCCAGGUGAAGCUGGUGACGACAGCUGAGCGGGGCAGCUACUCCUGCCGUGUCUUUAAUCUGUUCCACGAGGUGUGGAGCCGGGAAGUGGAUGUGGAGAUCGGCCCAAGGCUCUUCACCUCCGAAGGCUUGUGGCAGGAGGGGGAUGGAGGCUCCCCAGAAAGCAGCAGCCCUGGCCAGCUGUACGCCACCGACAAAGUCGCCCUGCUGAUCGGCAACAUGCGCUACCUGCACCACAAGCAGCUGAAGGCGCCCAUGGUGGACGUGCACGCGCUCAGCGCCCUGCUCCGCCAGCUCGACUUCAAGGUGGUCUCGCUGCUGGACCUGUGCAAGGCCGAGAUGCAAAUGGCUGUCAACGAGUUCCUCCUCCUCCUCGACAAGGGCGUCUAUGGUUUGCUCUACUACGCCGGGCACGGCUAUGAAAAUUUUGGCAACAGCUUCAUGGUGCCCAUCGACGCGCCCAGCUCCUACACCUCGGCACACUGCCUGUGCGUGCAGCGGGUGCUGCGGAGCAUGCAGCAGCGCCGCACCGGCCUCAACAUCUUCCUGCUCGACAUGUGCCGCAAGAGGAACCUCAACGACGACGUCAUCCCACAGGUCGGGGCGCUGCAGGUCACAGCAAACAUCGUCUUCGGCUACGCCACGUGUGCAGAUGCCGAAGCCUACGAACUGAGCCAGGAUGAGCUCUCUAAUGGCAUCUUUGUCACCUUCCUCAAGCGCUGGCUGCUGGAGGAUGAGAAGAUCACGGUGCUGCUGGACAAAGUGGCCGAGGACAUGGGCACGCUGGAGAUCACGCGGGGCCGGCAGGCGCUGGAGCUCCGCAGCAACCUGUCGGAGAGACGCGCUCUGACAGACCCCAUCCGCCCGCCGGGCCGGGACGAGUCCUCUGCCAGGAACCUGCAGUGGGCCAAGGCUCACGUGCUGCCGGAGAGCCGGCACCUCCGCUUCGACUGCGGUGUCACCGUCCAGCUGGGCUUCGCCGCCGAGUUCUCCAACAUCAUGAUCAUCUACACCCGUGUGGUGGCCACCCCUGGGGACAUCGCCCAGUGCGAGGCCAAGCUCACCGACAUCCCCGAGGAGCUGGACGUGGACCUCAAGAGCACCAACAAGGAGAGCCCGGCGGAGGUGGGCAGCCCCCUGGCACCCACCUGGAGCCUGGGCUGCCCCCCCUAUUGCCUCUACAGCCGGCUCUGCGGCUUGCAGAAACUGCGGCAGGAGCUGGUGUUCACCGUCUGCCUGCAGUACCGCUACCGUGGCAUGGACGACUUCGUGGAGGAGAGGCAGCGGGUGAGCGUGGGGAAGCCGCUCAUCGCCAAGCUCAACCUGCGGCCAGCGGCCUCCCCCUCGCCACCCCACAGCCCCCUCUCCACCUCCCCACCUGGGAGCUGGGGGGCAGAGGGGGGGUCCUGGGCCAACACCCCUGAGGAGAACCUGAGCCCCGAGGUUCCUGGCUCCCACACCUUGUAGAGGGACAGCAUGGCCACCCCCUUGUCACCGCAGUCCCCUGGGGCCAUGUCUGUCCUGCUGGGGGUCCAGGGCCUGGAGGGGACAGAGGUGACAUAGGAGCCAGGGGUGUUUGAGCGCCAUCCUGGCCUGUGCUGGAGUGCAGGUUGGCGUGGCCGGCACCCUUGGAAUACGGAACUGCCGCCCAGUGCUGCCCUGUGUACAUGGCACUGCCACCGCAGGGUCGUUCAGUGCCAGCCCCACGUCCCUGGGCAGUGCCACCCCACGUGCCAGGACAGUGUCCCAGCCCCACGGCUCAGCUGGCGCGAGGCGUCGCAUUGGGGCAGCGCUGGGUUCCUUCAAGCUCCAGAGAAAGAGUGAGAAAUAAGCAGAUUAAGGGGCAAAUCCCGCGGGAGGCGAUUAGAGUGGGUGGGGGCAGGAGGGCUCCUGCUCUGCCACGAAGGGCUGGGAGAACCCCCUGCUGACCCCAGUGCUCCCAGUAGCACCCAGUCCUCCCGGUACAACCCCGGGCGCAGGGCUGUGCUGGCCCCAUCCGGGCAGCAAGAGAUUUCAGGACAGGAUUGGGAUCUCGGGGGAUUUUUCCCCAUGUGCCAGCACCUGCAAAUGCUGUGGGGUGUGUUCUACUGGAUCUCAGUGGUGACACCACCAAUAAAUAGGGGCGGGCAGGCGGC